AUGUCUCCAUCAAAACAAAAACGCUCUACUUGGUCAGAAGAUAGUUUGGCCGCGGCAGUUCGUGCGGUACGUAAUGGAAUGUCAACUUAUAAAGCAUCAGCGCAAUAUGGUAUCCCGCGAAGAACUCUAAGAAACCAUGUCAAAAAUGGGAAGAUCACCAAAAGAUUAGGAAGACAGACUAUAUUCACUUCAGAUCAAGAAAAAGAUUUUGUAAAACGAGUAAUAAAGUUCUCGCAGCUGGGCAUACCUUUGACCCCGAAAAUGAUCAGAAUACAGGCGUUUGCUUUUUUGUCAGAAAUUUAG